GAUUGCUCUGGUGUAGUCACGUGAAUGUUGGGGCUGAGGGGAGGGGGGACAAACAUGGCCGACGAGUCGGUGGAAGUAAACACAGCUGUUGAGGAUGGAGAAGCAAAAGAACAGCAAGAUGAAACCGAAGUGUCGGACAUCCUUACCGAGGGAGAGCCCGACAGUACCGACAGGCAGGACCGGGCAGAGAUGCCUGCUCCGGCGGCCGCAGAGAACAGCUGGUCGGCUCCCAUCCUGUCGCUCGCUCGGAAGGCCACAGAGACGAUUAGCAGCGGGGUGAGCUACGCUGCUGCACAGAGAAAUCCCUCUCAGGGAUCCACUCCAAACUCCCCGACUGAAAGAGAGACUGAAAAUGAUGUCAACAACACUUCUAAAAAACUUCCAGUUCUGCCUCCCAAAGAUCCUAUGGCAAUAGAAAGAUCCAAUUUGCUCAGCAUGUUAAAGCUGAGCAUCAAAGUAUUAAUUCAGUCCUCCUUGAAUCUGGGUAGGACGCUGGACUCAGAUUACCCUCCUUUGCAACAGUUCUUCAUUGUCCUGGAGCAUUGCCUCAAACAUGGCCUGAAAGCUAAGAAAUCCUUCAUUGGUCAGAACAAAUCUAUAUGGGGACCUCUGGAGCUGGUGGAGAAAUUGUGUCCGGAGUCCGCUAACAUUGCCACAAGUGCCAGAGACCUGCCCGGCAUAAAGACCGGUUUGGGGAGAGCAAGGGCUUGGCUGCAUCUAGCACUUAUGCAGAAGACAGUUGCGGAUUAUAUGAAAGCUUUGCUUGACCGCAAAGAUCUCCUGAGUGAGUUUUAUGACCCUGGAGCGUUAAUGGUGGAGGAGGAGGGGGCAGUGAUGGGGGGACUCUUGGUUGGUCUCAAUGUUAUUGAUGCCAACCUCUGCAUUAAAGGGGAGGAUCUUGAUUCUCAGGUGGGAGUCAUUGACUUCUCCCUCUAUCUGAAAGACCCUGCCAACAGUGAGACUCCAAAAGAUGACGGUAAGAUGACGGCCAUAUUGGAUCAGAAGCACUACAUUGAAGAGCUUAAUCGUCACCUUAGUGGCACUGUCACUGACCUUCAGGCUAAGAUGGACUCUUUAGAGAAGACCAACAGCAAACUUGUGGAGGAGCUGACUGCAGCAACAGACCGGAUCAACUCUUUGCGGGAAGAACAUGAACACCUGAGAAAGGAGAAUGAGUCGAUCCUGCAGUCCAGCCAGAAAAAGGAAGAGGCAGCUCUUCAGGACAGUCAAGUGGAGCUAGAGACAUACAAACAGACUCGACAGGGUCUGGAUGAGAUGUAUAAUGUUGUCUGGAAACAGUAUAAGGAGGAAAAGCGCAUUCGCCAGGAGCUGGAGCGUGAGUUAGAGCUCCAGGUGAGUCUAAAGCAGGAGAUGGAGGUGGCUAUGAAGCUGCUGGAGAAGGACACACAUGAGAAACAGGACAACCUCGCAGCUCUGCGGCUCCAACUUGACCAAGUCAAGACUCUCAACGUACAAAUGUUCCACAAAGCUCAGGAUUCACAACGAGAGGCAGAAAAAAAGCAGGCAGAGGCUUUGCAGCUGGAGCAGAAGAUGGAUGAAAUGGAAAAAAACAUGAAGGAAUUAGAGGAGAGACUACAGAACUCAGAGCGACAACGCAAGCAAAGUGACCAGUCAGACAAAGAUUUGAAGGUGGAGCUGGAAGGGAAAGUGGACGCUCUGGAGAAACAGCUGACUGACCUGGAUACACAGAGGCUAGGUUUGGAGAAUGAGCUGCGAACAGAGAGGGAACAAAGACAGAGCCUGCAGAGAGCUCUUCAGCGGGAACAGGACAACAGCAUUGAGCUCCGCACACAGCUGCAACAACUCCAGGGCCUGAACACGGAGCUGCAGGAUUUGAAGGAGGAGAAACAGCAGCUGCAGCAGAUUUGUGAACAGCAGGAACAAGCUCUGCAGGAAAUGGGACUUCACCUCAGCCAGUCUAAACUUAAAAUGGAGGACUUCAAGGAGGUUAAUAAAGCACUAAAGGGCCACGCAUGGCUCAAAGAUGACGAGGCAACCCAAUGCAAGCAAUGCCUAAAAGAGUUCUCCAUUGCACGCAGAAAGCAUCACUGCAGAAACUGUGGAGACAUCUACUGCAACAACUGUUCUGGUAAUGAGCUGGCCUUACCCUCCUACCCUCGUCCUGUGCGGGUGUGCGAUAUGUGCCACGCCCUCCUGCUGCAGCGAAGCUCUUCCACAGCUUCCUGACAAAAGACCUACAAGAGCUUUAAAAGACGGCACAUCCACAGCCACCAUGAUCUUACUACCAUGUUAUAAGAAGUGUCAUCAGAUCUUAUGGAAAUGUGACCUGGGGUUCCAUUUACACUGUUACAUGAAAUUCAGGAACACUAACCUGUCACAAGUAGGGGCCACGUUUAACACUGAUGGGAUGAGCUAAUACACUUUAUGCAGACUACAUACAAAGUUAAGUUUAGUUUAAUUAUGUGACCAUUGUUUCACUAGGCUGGAGUAACAUCAGUUUAAUACGAGAUACACAGAUCAUUAUUGAGGGCAUGAACUUAUUACUAAUUUAAACAUAUAGAUCAUGGUCAAGAUGCUACCGGAGGUCUCUUGUUGGUGUUCAGCUUUUGUGUUGGAUCAUUUGUGAGGUUGUUUUUUUGACUUAACACAUGUACUUCACUUUUCUAUUAAUCAACUAGCCAUGCAUCGUCUCUGUAACAUUUUUUUUUGCAGCCACAGCUCCACUGCUGGAUACGGGAGAACCUGUUUUGUAAAUGACUGUAGAAUGUUAACAAAUCAAACUAUUUUAGAAUGUAUUAUAUAACAUGAUUUUGUGGAUUGUGUUAAUUGCUACAGAGCCAUUUUCUUAAUUUGGGAAUGGUGACCAAAAGUUUUAUAUCUAGAUAUUUGAUAAAUGAAUAAAAGCGCCUUUCUCAAA